UAGGUUCAGUACAGUAGUCUGGUUUCUGGAUUAACGAUAUAAACAGUAUAAUUGGAACCAUCCCCAUAUAUUUCACAGUAGACACCUAAACCAACUGCCAGCAGGUUGCUAUGAAAGCGGUGAUAUGCAUGCAACAAGAAGCAGAUGCAAUUGGAGAAAAUUAUUCUUCUGUCUGAUGACUAAGUGAAGUUGGUUUACCUGAACGUUAUUCGAGUAUGGUGAUGAUAAUUGAUUUGGAAUUAUCUGCGCAUCACCAGAGAAAAAUGGAAAAUUUCUGUUAAGCUGCCUAACACUUUGUUGAAAAGAUGAUGAAGACUACUGCUGCGUCAAACCAGCUGGUGCUCUUUGCUCUAUGGUGCUGUGCCUGCGUCUCUGUAUUAAGGAGCAGUAACCACACACUUAUCUUUCAAAAAGAGAGCAACUUCCGGAACUGCAGCUGCAUCUCCAGCAUCCCAGACUGUGUGUUCGCUCUUGCCAACCUUGUGUGUAACUGUCGGACCGUCUUCUCUAAGGAUAUUGAUAAAGCUAGCCCAACUUUUAGUCACGGCAGCAAAUUAGUAGUGUGGGUAUCGGAUACCACUACAGUGGGACUGCUGCUGAACUACUCAUCAGUCCCGAGCCUCAGACUUUCUUUGUGCAAUCCUGAUGCUGUACUGACUGAGUACCUUGUAAUCUUUGGCCUGAAAGAGCUCUGUGUGACAAAUCCUGCAGCAAAUGUGUAUCCACUGCAAAACAUAACGAUAUACAGCACAAGGGGUGCAGUUGUUGAGUCAUCUUUGCAGAAUGGCACUGGGUUCUCAUUUUACAUUUCAUUCUUGAACAUGGCACUAUUAAAUGGAGAUUCUAAAUUAAAAGCAUACUCAGUGCCAAAUGUCACAAACAUUGCAGAAUAUUUUCCAGAUCUUCAAUAUGACACAACUUCUCUGCCUUUGGAGGCUGGCAGUUCUCUUGUUACAUUCAUCUAUGUUUAGAAACUGCGCAAUCAGUUCGCUUUUGGCCACUCAUAAAGAGCCAUGUAGCUGCUGCACUUGCAAAAAAUCCAUUUGUGCACAAGUUUUGAGGAACUUCUGAGCUCAAAUGUUCCACUAAUCAUUUCACUCCAAUUCUAACAUAUUUCUGCAGAAACAUCCCUUAUGGACAAAGGGGGAAAAACACAAGAGAAAUAUGUACAUUUUGAUCUGGGCUAACAUAAUGCAAACAAGAGGUUUUACUGUAAAAAAAAUCUGUUUUGUAUUGUAACAGAGAAAAUAUUGGUCAUGGUAGUAACGUUCAAGGCUUCUUCCAUGGAAAUAUAUGUAAUCACAAAAGACAGACUUUUCUCUCCACUUUGCAUCAACUUUAAAUGGCACUAACAGCAACUGACUAUGCCAUAUUUGGUCCCAUUUCCUCUAGUCUUGUAUGGUCCAAACUUUCUCAGCACCAAAUUCUUGGAGCUUUUUGGGUCAAGAAAAAACACUUAAUAAACAAAUGAAAAGGAAUAUUAACAGUGGUAUAUAUGCUGAGCAAGUGGGCCCAGAAAUUCCUCUGCAUUUUUUCUAGCAUUAAGAUAACAAUGCAGGUCAUCAUACCCUACUUGUCAAAGUCACAUAAAGGAUGAGAACAUCAAUUGUGAGCUUCUCAGAACAACAUUGUUGUAUUUCCCUGAAAAAGGUGGCACCAAGAAGGACAUUGCUGGUUUCAACUCAGCUGAAUGUGUUGCAAGUUCUUGCACUGGUCAGCAUGUAGGGUAGCCGGUGCAACCAUUGUAGCCAACUCUUGAAAGGACAUAUCACUGUGCAAGCAAAGCUGUCUGAGCCACUCGGGUAUUGUUCCUGAAUGAGUGGAUACUGCACUGAUGUCAAGGUGAGGCAAUGGGAGAGUGCUUCCAGUUGUUCAGAGGAAAGUGGACAGACUGUGCCAAGAACAGUGCCAGAGGAGGCAUGUUGCUUGAGCAAGAACAUGACAGAAACCCUCCAGAUGCUCCUGGGAGCUGGUUGCCGGGAGCAUGUUUGCCAGGACAUAAAUUCCUAUGAAUUCCUGCACUUCAGAGAAGCAAAAUAUCUGUACCCACUAUACCUGCUCUUGUAGGCUGAAGGAAUAGUGGAGCAAGUUUUCUCUCCUUGAGUGUAGAGUGUGGGUGGUCACUUUAAUGCAGCAGUGAGCAGUAAACUGUGAGAUUUGGCAGAGAACCACAGCAGCCUGGAAUGACACUGGGAUUGAGAAGUUGAGAGUGACCACAACCCUGACUUCUGCAGGCAAAGUAGCCAAAGCAUACAUGUAAUGCUGUAUUUGAAGUUGCAGGAGAUCACAGAGUUAGUAAGAAUGUGGCUUUCAGACCAGUGAGUUUGAAAAUCACAGUGCAGAUGAAUGUCACAUGAUGCUCCAAUUUUAACAAUAAGGGGAUUUUUACACCAGAAAAGAAAGUGUUAGGGAUAAUGAAAAUUGUGCUGAAAAGGGAAGAAAUUGAUUUGAAAUUGGUGUGAAAAAAACACACAAAUGUGCACAAAAUUGCUCUUCUCUGGAUGAAGCUGAUUUUCAGCAACACAAUAUUGUUUUUUUAGCUGUGUGAACAAGUUUUUGGCCCCUGGACCAUAAAUAAAUUUAUGCAUAAGAUGACUUCCAUCUGCUGCAACUUAAACCUUGAAGUAAUCCAUGCUGUAUGUAAAGUGCAGUCUUAUUCACCAUGCUUUGCAAAGGAAAUUUACUGUUAUUAGAGAAAAGCUGUUCCCUUGGCGUUCAUAGGAAACAGGAUACAGGAACAAAAGAAGUGGAUCCAUUUGAGCAUAUUUUCAUCCACAACUCACACAUUUUACCCUGGGUUGAUCAGACUUCUGUGCCCGAUGCACCUUGGCACCACUGAUGUUUACCCAGCAUCAGUCAUGCGUCUGAUGAUAUCACAGGUCACACACUGCACACUUCCUCCAUUGCCAGUAUAAACUGUACCAUUUGGGUGCAACCUGGAACCUUUGAUAUUCACACACAAGAAGAAACUAGGAGCUAGGAAUUCGCCACUCAAAGACUGAUAAUGAGACAUAAAUUAGAGGUCUGCACUGUGCGAUCAAUGCUAUGCACACAGCAUCCACCAAUCUCAGUUUUCAAUGGUAAGGAUUAUGGCAUCUGCAUCAGUAGUCCUUUCACUGUCCACUUGCUUUUUGUACAAAGCAAGUCUGAGCUAGAUGUAGCAAUCAUUGAUCCCUUAGACAGCCAGUACCUCACAGUCAUGUGGGGGUACUCAUGGCACACCACACAGACGGUCACAUGGGGAUUGCCCAGACCCAUUGUGUUCCCCAUCCCACAUUUUCCCUCUCAUUCCCAAUAUCCAUUUAUGCAGGUAUUCUGUAGCUACCUUGAGAAGAAUACUUUAAGCUCUGGGGUCAUCCGAGAAAUAAUGUGGCAGCUAUGAACUCAUCAUGUAGUUUCUGUCAGGAACCACACAGGUCUCAAUUUAGCACAUGAUUCUGUCCACGAGAAAUGGCUUGUAACAUACUUCAGCACAAUUUCUUGACUUUCUUAUGUGGGAUUCCAAUUGGGCAUUGACACUUUAUUUAACACACUUAAAAGAGGGUGAAAUUUAAUUUCCAGGUACUGGAACCUAGGGUAGAUGAGCAAGAUAACUAGAAGCUGUGAGAAGAGAGAAUGAGAUAUUGGGACCACAGAGAAGAACACAACCGAAGAGUUCAAAAUAAGGAUAUCCGGACUGGGCGUGACAAAUACAAUCCUGUCACAAAUAAAACUAUGCUUUAUAAUGAUGGAAAAUAUCCCACUUCUGCUUUAAAUCCUCAAAUACAUAGCCUUACACACAAACAUGUACGUAUUGAACAUAGAGCAGCACUGCACAAGAACAGGUCUUUGGGGCAUGAUGUUUGUGCCAAUCAUGAUGCCAAUUUAAACAGCACAUCUGCCUGUACAUGAUCUACUUCCAUCAAUUCCCUGCAUAUUCAUGUGCCUGUCUAAAUGCCUCUUAAAUACUGCUAUCAUAUUUGCUUCCACCACUUCCCCUGGCAGCAUGCUCCAGGCACCUACCACUCUCUGUGUAAAAAAUCUUGCUAUGUAAAUCUCCUUUAAAUUUCCCCCUCUCACCUUAAAGCUAUGCCCUCUAAUAUUUGAUACUUUCACAACAAUAUUCAAAGCUUUAUACAGCUGCAACGUGACUUCCCGGCUUUUAUACUCAACACCCUAACUGAUGAAGGCAAGCAUGCAAUAUGCCUUCUUUACUACUCUAUCUACUUGCGCUGCCACUUUCAGGAAGCCAUGGACUUACAAACUAUUGUAAAUAGCACCAGAUUUUACACUGACAGGAUGAUAUGUUGACUGUUUAAAGACAACCUGACACUGGAACUCUAAUAAUGUACCCAUAUG